AUGUAUCGAGACAACUUAACAUUCAUGACAACGUGGCCUCGUCAGGAGGACAUCACCACACUACUACCCAUAUUGAUCUGCCAGAUAAAACAUCAACCAAGGGUGGCACAGAUGUGGGCGGGAGGCAGACACCUGUUGCUGGUCGGUGUGGAGCGCGCGGUCGCGUCCGCAGUCGGCAGCAACAAGUCACAGUCAGUCGGUGCCUGCCGCGGUGCGCGACGGCCGCGAUGCCACCGGUGUAGCAUGGUUCCCCUGCCUGUCGCCCUUCUGUCGCUCGCCGUCCUCCUCUCGCUCCUGCUAGUCUCAGGUAUCCUGGGUGUCCAGAUUACGUCACUGGAUGUGCCAGCAGAGGUACGCAAUGGCUCCGGUCCUGCUGUGCUCGACUGUGUGUACAGUCUCAGACAGUCAGAGCUGGCUCCAGACUCCGGCCUCGUGGUCAAAUGGUUCUGGAACAAUUCUCCAGCGCCGGUCUACCAGUGGAUCCCCGGCCAGAGGCCUCAGGACCUCGGCGUGCUCAAGGGUCGACUUGAUCUCCGAUACAGGGCCAGCGAACACCCUGCGACCAUGCACCGAGCUCUCUACAUCAACACUCCCACUCCCAAGCUGUCGGGAGAAUACAAGUGCGCAGUCUCCACAUUUUGGGACGAAGAUUUCAUGAUAAAACGAAUGAUAGUCUAUGCAGGCGAAGUUAAGACUAAGAAGCUCUUUCUAACACUUAACCUGGGGACCAACGGCUUAAAGGUGACCCGAACCACCAAUAAGAUCGGGAAGACGGGCUGCUUGCAAAGACCAUACAAUAGAGACGCAGACCUGGAUCCUGAAGAAGUCCGUACUCUCCACUUCAAUGACCAUUACCAGUACGAAUCCUCAACCGACCCGGAGAGUGAGCCAGAGCCAGCGCCUGCCAUGCUUGACUUACCCAUGGGAGACGCUCCAGAAAUACAAGACAAUUACCCAGAAGCUUCGACGGUAGCAUUGGCAGGCAGCAUUGCCAGGCUCUAA